AACAGCGCAGGUACCUGCAGCCAUCCCCACCUGGGCUGGGCCUGCUGUCGCUGCUCAGCCGAGCACCGCCCUUGGAGCACCCCAUGGAACAUCCCUCUCCUCCCUGUCCUUUGUUCUCCUGCUGGUGACUUGCAAAUUCAUCGAGUGCGUUUGGCAGGAAGAGACCAGCAUCGUGGGCACUGGGUCCAUGGAAAACUGUGACGUCUACAGCACCGACACCAGUGCUGCCAUGCUGGAUUUGCUUGAGGGAGAGAGUGUUUCCAGUCUAGAGCAAGUGCCCGCCAUGGUCAGGGACAUCCACCAGUGGCUCAUGGCCAAUGAGUCUGAUGAGCAGAGUCUGGACAGGACCCUGCUGGAGCUGGCUGAGGCACACCCAGCCGAUGUGGGGAUAACUCUGCUGCGUGUGGCCCCAUCAUGUGACAGAGCUGCUACGACCAUGUGGAAGACACUCAUGUCCUCGCCCAUGACUGCGGAGCCGGUGCUGCUGCUGCUCCUCGAUGUGCUGGGGAGCUGGCCAGAGCACAGCACACGCACCUCCGACGGGGACAACACAGAUGUCUUUGCCCUGGCUGCAACUGUGGUGAUGUGGAAGAUCCUCCAGGUGCCCUGUGUCCCACAGGCAGUCACAGUGUAUUUGCCCUGCCUCUUUGUGCAUCUGCUCUUCCAAGUGUUCUUCAGCACAGGGGAGAUGCCAGAGGAGGUUGAUGACUUGUGGAGAGUAUGCCGGAAGGAACAUGGCCUUGUCACCAACCCCAGCAGGUGCUCCAUGCCAGUCCUCCUGUCCCUGCCAUGUCCCCGGGGCAGGAGCCAGUGCCCACAACAUGACCUGGGCUUUGCUCUGCACACAGGUUUGCAGUGCAGACCCUGA